AUGUACAAUGCAGCGACACAUUCUACGACUGGAUUCAGUCCCAACCUCCUUCACCUCGGGAGACAAGUUUCACUCUUUUUCGACACUUUUAACAAAGAAAUCUCACCAAGCCAACUUGAUUCUUCUUCCUACAUUCAACAAGUCCUCACACAACUUAAGUCUACCUACAAACUUACGUAUGAAAAUCUUGUAGCAGCCCAAGAUAUCCAAAACAAACGACACUCAACCAAAUCAAAGCUGCGACAAAUUAAUGUCGGUGACACUGUCUACCUCAAAGAUGACACCUCCUUUAAAACAAAGUUCCAAGGACCAUUUUCUAUGAUCAACACCCACAUCUUUGAAAUCCAGUGGCUGGAUAAUAAGUUUUCCCCAUCAAGAACUGUCCAUAUCGACCUUCUACAUUGUGCUCCUCCAAGACAACAUCGUCUACUGGACUGUAUCUCUCCAACAAUCAGCACUUCUCCUAAAACUGUCUGUCAAUACAAUUUACGUAGCAGAAAAUCUUAG